AUGAAAGCUGGCCAGCAGGCAGCUAAGCUGGCAGAACAGGCGGCUAAACUGGCAGAACAGGCGGCUAAACUGGCAGAACAGGCAGCUGAACUUCUGACAAUUAAAUCCAGAGCAAACACAACAGAAAACCAUGUGAAUGCUCUGACAAGAGAAGGAGAAGUGAAACGAGUGGCUUUCUCAGCGUCUUUGUUCGCUUCUGGCCAUGAAACUCUUGGACCAUUUAACGCAUACACGAACCUGAUCUUCAGAAAGGUUGUUACAAAUGUUGGAAAUGCCUAUAACCCAAACACAGGGUUUUUCACAGCACCGGUGAGAGGAGCCUACCACUUUGAGUUCUACAUUGGUGGACCUGGACAUUCUUCACAUGCUACUGCUGCUAUGCUGUUCAAGAAUGGAGACCGUGUUUUUGCGGCUUAUGAACAUCAGAGUUCAGGGUAUGCUAAUUCAGCUAAUGGUGUCACUUUGCUAUUAGAAGUUGGAGAUGUUGUGUUUUUGCGCCAGUCGCCAAACACAAGGAUUUAUGACAAUCAGAAUCACCACAACACCUUCAGUGGUAAUCUACUUUUCAUCAUGUGAACAGUAACAGUUUCUUAUUUUCCUUUUCACUCAGUGAACGUCAUAUAGUUCUGUACGAGAAAUCAGUAUAGUCACUAAAUAUUUUGACCCAAACACAUAAUCUUACUAUCAGAAAAAGUGUGAUUUUCAAUUUCAUAAAUUUCUCCAUAACUGUACACUAUAACAUACAGUGAUGGAAUGUUCUAGGAAGAUGUUCCUAUGAUAUUGAUUUAGAGAAGUGGAGAUGUUUAUAGGAACAUGUUAGAGGUUACCAAGGCUUGUUGAUUGUUCUAU